AUGCAUGCUCAUGACUGGUUUCUCGUGUUUAUUGCAAUUUUUGUUCCUCCAGUAGCUGUAUGGCUCAAGAGAGGUAUCCGUUCCAAGGAUUUCGUAAUCAAUCUGUUAUUGUUCUUCCUAGGGUUUUUCCCUGGGCUGAUUCAUGCUUUGUAUGUGAUUUCCAAGCAUCCAUACACUGACCAUAUUAGAUUGUCUACAAACCCACUAGAAGAAUCUAACAGUAACCCAGUAGUUUACGGUUCACUAGCUUAA